UGUUUUACUAAUUGUUUUUGACCUCAGAUAUACUGUUUUACAAUGCAAUGGUAGUGAAUAAAAAAUAAAAGAGGGGAUGGUUUAUAACGAUAGUCCGAAAACUUCAGAAAAUUUUGACUACUGUUUUAGUUGCAAGUGAUAAAAUGUCUUAAAAGUUUCAAGGGUUAGUCAAGUGUAAAGUAAAAAAUGUUUUUGCAGUCUGUUAAGUUUUUGUUAUUAAUAGUAACAUGCGGUGUACAAGUAUGUCAUCCAAUUCCCAUUUUCUCGAAUCAAGGUUUAACAACCCUUUUAACUAGAGCUUCAACUCCCCCCCAAACCAGUAACAUCCUUGAUCUUAGAGGCAGUAAAAUUAAUAAAUUUGAAAACCAAGAGGGAGAUAGUCUUAACAAUACAAGCAUAGACAGUGAACCGGAGGAACCCGAUAACGAAGUAGUUCCUUCGUUAUUAAAUAAAAAAAUUAAUAAAAUACUUCAAAAAAUUCAGUUGAUAACAAGUCUCUCCAAUGGAUUCCUCCAGGGGUCGAAAGGAGAAAAUGAUGGAGAUAUGAAUUAUGAAAACACCGAUGAUAAUGAUGAUAAUGAUAACAAGCCCGAUACUACAAUUUUUACUGGUGGUAACAACACAACUACCACUUCUAGUUUCAAUGAAAAUUUAAAAGAAACAACCAGUAAUAACGACGAAUCAUUCAGAAUUGUAUUUGACACAGAUGUUAAAAGACGAACUGAAGAUAAAUAUGAUAAGCUAGAAGAAUUUGAUGAGAUGAAACCAACAGAAGUAACUAAGUCCAAAUCCCGCUCAGAAAGUCCUAGUGGUCAAUUUUUACCUUUGACUUUAAUUGCAUCUGUAAUGCAGACGUUGGGAAGUAUUAUGGGACACGCAUAUAGAUCUCUUAUUUACUUCAGUCAACAAAAUAGAGAUAAUCAUUAAGUUAUAUAAUGUAUACAGCAUGUUUUGUUUUAAUAAUAGAGAAAAUAAAAUAAUUGUUACAGACAUUCAAAUCAAGUAACUUGUUUCAUUUGCAUUUGUUUUGUAAGUCUAAAAUAUACCUAAGUUUUCUAAACCACGAUGAUACCAAAAUAUGUAAACUAA